AUGAAUCUUGCUAACUUUUCUUACUUCUCGGGCAUGUGCAACAUGACGGCGGAGUCGCAGCACUCGCCAGCCGAGGCUGCCAGUCCAGUGGUGGUAUCACCCAAUGUUAGCCUGGACUCGCCCAUACCUCAAUCUCUGCUGCAUCAGGCUCGAACCAAAGAUGGGGUUCUCAUCAAGUCGGAACCGCGGGGGAGCAGUCCCAACACUGACCGGGAGGAGGGAGUGUCUUUGGGUCAAACCGAGGAGCAUCUGCCGCCAAGUGGGAGUCGACGUAGGAAAAGGCCGGUACAGCGGGGAAAGCCUCCAUAUAGUUACAUUGCCUUAAUUGCCAUGGCCAUAGCCAACUCCCCUGAGAGAAAACUCACGUUGGGUGGUAUCUAUAAAUUCAUCAUGGAACGCUUUCCCUUUUACCGUGAGAAUUCCAAGAAGUGGCAGAACUCAAUACGCCAUAACUUAACUUUAAAUGACUGUUUUGUAAAGAUUCCAAGAGAGCCCGGGAGGCCAGGUAAAGGCAACUACUGGACAUUAGAUCCUGCAGCUGAAGACAUGUUUGACAACGGUAGUUUUCUGCGGAGGAGAAAGAGGUUCAAGCGAACUGACGUGAGUACGUAUCCCGGCUACAUGCAGAGCUCCAGCGCCUUUACGCCAGCACCAAUGGGUAGACCGACAUACCCUAACACGCUGUAUCCUGGAAUGGCAUCCGGCUACGGCUCACAGCUGACAGGGUCUCCUCACCCAGCCAUGCUUCAUCAUUACCAGGCAUCGGCCGGGGUCGGUCAAGGACAGCCGAGGAUGUUCAGCAUCGACAACAUCAUCAGUCAGCAAUCGGUCAUGCAGAGCGGGCCUGGAGGAGAGCUCAACCCUCAAGCGCUGGGUUUGGGCAGUGGCGACCUGGGGGGCAUGUCGGCCAGCUGUUCAGUCACCGGCAAUGACUCCUCAUGCUUUCAAACGCAAUCUGUAAACCCCACAGCAAACAUGCUCAGUAGGAACAGUGGCGCCCUAACAUCAAAUCUCACGUCAGGGUACCCUUACACCACAUCGGCCUCACCGCCUCACUUACCUACAGUCUCACAAUCCGGUUUCUCACCGGGUAGCUCACAGGUGUACUGCACAGGCAACCGAAUCUCGCUACCUCCUGUGCGCUCUGGAUCUUGUGCCGAACACACAGAACAGCUCCUUGGACUAUCUGGCCCUGCAAUGAACUCGUAUAACAACUCUUACAUGAGACAGACCAACUUUGCGUCAGGCCUUGAGCGGUAUAUGUAA